AUGAGCCUCCGAUUUCAAGCAACCGCUUGCGGUCAAUCUUGUCUUCACAGCAGGGAUCAUGUAGCUCGAGAGGCGCUCAGCAACCUUGUCUUCCACGUCGGCCGGAAUACUCAAGAUGCGGAUGUCGCUAUCAUGGGUGCCGUCCUCGCUGUGGCUAUUGGAACUGUUGGAGAUAUGGCCGCUAGAUUCCUUAUGGCUGGAUACCUCAUGGCUGGAUCUCUCGUCGCGACAGAUGAUGGGCUAUCGGUAGCAGUGCCCUCGCUCCGUCGCCGCCGGGAUUGA